UUUUCUUUCCGACUGUAGCCCUAUACUCAUGAUUUAGAGUAGGCUAUCAUUUAACCUAAAGAUUGCUGAGGAAAAAUCUUUAGGCUGGAUUUCUUUUUGCCUAGGGAAAAUAAAAAGGAAAAGAUGUGUUUGGUUUCGCAAUCGGCGUAUUUCGAAGUGAUUAUUACCGGAGACCUGACUUUUCGCCAACCAUUUAAGUUUCACUUGUUUCCUCUCUUCUUCUCCUCGUCCGCAAAAUACAGACUUCGCGAGUUCGUUUUGUUGCCUGAUUCCAGUCUCGUUUUUGCUUUUUUCGAUGACGGAUUUGCAACUCCCUAAUCGGAUAAUCGCAUAUGGUGAAGAAGCGCUGGGAGAGCGAGUAAAUGUAUAUCACAAGAUGAAAACCCUCUCCUUGAUAAUCGACGCCAUGGAUGAUGAAGAGAGGGUGUGGAUACGGUCGACUGGUUUUGGAAAUCUUAUGGAUUUCCCAGAUAAACCCGCCUGGUCAGCUUCCUUUGGGCUUUUCCUUUUGUCAAGACAGCUCGAAGUUGCUCGUGCUCAUGAAAUCUGGGUAGUUUUCGCUGGUACCCCGGUUAGGUUCUCUUUACGCGAAUUCAAGAUUGUUACCGGUCUCCAAUGCGGUAGGUUUCCGAAUAUGCAGAAGAGGAAAAGAAAAGGGACUGCAGGUAUUAAAAUUCCUUACUACAGUACACUUUUUGGGCUCGAGGAGGACGUCACCGUCGAUCGAGUAAUAUCCAUGCUUAAGAAGAGGCAUGUGACAGAUAAGGAGAUUCGGAAAAGGUUUGUUUGUCUUGCCAUAGUGGAUGGAUUCCUUGUGCCUACAUCACACUACCCUAAAAUUGUCAAAGAACAUGCGGAGAUGUGCGAGGAUCUACAGUUCUUUCUUUCAUAUCCUUGGGGGCGGCUAUCCUUUGAGAUGAUGAUGAAGUCUAUCAAAGAUAGGGAUGUUGUGCAAUUGGCUACCACCUGUGUUGUCGUUCAGGGAUUAUUAUAUGCUCUACAACUUGUUAUACUGUAAGCCGCUCCUGCAAUUCAAGAGGGAUCACCAUCCCACGAGCAUCCGUGUAGCGAUUCCGAUGAAGAGCCUGCUGCCGACGCCGGAACUCGCCACUCUGUACCACUAAAAAUUUCUAAUGCGAAACGGUUGGACAGUAACUGUGAGAUUUUGGUUGACCCGAUUAUAUCCCCCGAUCUCGAGAUGGAUACCGACGAGGAUCUGACUUGGGAUGACGACUGUGCUGACGUGGCGGUUGAUAACAUUGUGUCGCUAGCAGAGGAGGGUUUUUUGUUCAAUAACGACAUGUUUACCGGAGGAUGCAUUCCAUCCCAGUUGGAGUUGGCGCCCAAGAAGCAGAAACGGGGAGUGAAGGCCAAAAUUACCAGAGCUAGGAAAGCCCAAAAACCUUCUUCUUCCCAAGCUGGAAUGAAUAGAGAUCGCGGAACCGCUGUUCAAGCUCCCUCUGGUGUGUCUGGUAUGUGCAAUCUAGCAACGCUCUCCCGUCUGUUGGACUCGAAGCUGGCCGCAAUGGAGGCUCGGAUCAUAAAGGGUGUAACUGAUUUGAUAACAACCAACGCAAACAGAGUUUUUCCCAAACACUCUGAUGUGCUUGAUUCUGGUUUAUCCGACCACCAGAGGACUAAUUCACCAACCCCUACAUCCCCGAAACAACCGUCUAAGGGAAUUCAUCGCUUGGAAACUUCGCCUGAGAUUGUUGUCGAGGAUACCAACCGGCCUACUCCCAUUCACUCCAUUGCCGAGACUGAUGUUGUCUACACCAACCGGGCCGCCGCCAUGAACUCCAUUGCUGCUGUUCUGUCGUGUUAUCAAGACAACUCCAACGCGCCCAAUAUUGCGCAGACAGCUCCUAAGAACCCUGCUGUUACCCCUGAUGCAGGCGCGGAAACUAUACUGCCUGUUAACAAGGAUUCUGAGGUUGGCGGUGGGUGUGUCUUGAAUGGUUGUGAUGGUAGAAUUGAGACGCAGCCGCUUGGCUUGGUUGUUGGUGAUGGAGUAGGCUUUACCUCUUAGAUAGCUAAGUAUGGUUGUCGUUACCAUAUGGACAUUGUGCUUGACGAGGCAGUUGAAAUUAACCCUAACACAGUAGUUGGGGUGGAUGAGUCUGGUGUUGGAGUGAUUGAACCGGAUGGCUUAGUCGAAUCUCCAAUGACGGGUGUUGAAGUGGAUAUGGAGUUGGACGUUCCUUCUGCUAGAGGGGAGGGAGAUGGGAUUAAUAACCCGGAUAACAUUGUGUUGCAGGAGUUGGACGUUCCUUCUGCUAGAGCGGAGGUAGUUGGGAUUAACGACCCGGAUAACACUGUGGAUUUUGUCACCCCCCCUCCUCGCGUAACCAAAAACCCGAUUUUGCCAAUACAGAAGCCGGUAGGAGAAGUUGGUCCAGGAAGGAGGAGCAAGAGAAUGCGGACGUUCUCAACCAAACUCGAUGGCCGGUUCCAGUAUGAUAAGAAGACGAAAGUCUUGGUUGGCCACCCAUCACCUAUUGAGAAGGAAUCACAUGUUGUUGUGAAUCCUGAAGACCGUUUUCAGAAUUCGUUGAAGAAGCUCAGCGCUGUCAGAUCAAUAAGCCUGGGUGGGGAAGCAUCACUGUCAAAUAAAGAUGUCUUUGAUAUAAUAGAGAGGAGGAAACAUCUUAGUGCAAAGGUCAUGGAUGCUCUUAUUAGAUUUAGUCUUCAUCUAUUGCGGACGGAUGAUAUUGAUGGACAGAAACUUCGUGUCGAUCUUCUAGACUCGAAGUUUGUGUCGCUUCUCUUCCGCCAGUUCUCAAAAUUUUCCAAGUCUCCCAGCCCUGCUGAGUUUAAAUUUCCGGACGACGUCAUUACCCAAUUUUUAGGUGGCGGAGAUAAGGGUCGUGCUCUGCUGUUUUCCGAAGCGGAUUGUUUGUAUGUUCCCUUCAACUUUGAUCGAAAACACUGGGUUUCCCUGUGCAUAGACCUGGCCAAUAGUUGCAUCGUUGUGAUUGACUGUAACACGCACCUUAGGAAGGAUCAAGAAAUCAUUGCAGAACUCCAGCCAAUAUCAAUUAUGCUCCCUUAUCUCAUCAAGCAGGCUGGGUUAAGUCAAUCUCUUACAGGACCUUUCACCAUCUCUCGGCCAAUGGGCGUACCUCAGGUGCAGUCUGCUUUUGAUUCCGGUAUCAUGGCUGUAUUUUUAAUUCACGCGCAUGCCACAGGUGGACUUGAAGAAUGUGCUGAGGUUAUUGUUGAGCAGUUAGAGUCUGAAAUAAAGAGGCUUGUGUCAGCCAUUAUUCUAGCUGGUGCCGCGUAGGGCCAGUUACUUUCAGUUUAUGUUCUGUCUCGGUAUGUAUGGAGAUAACUCUUAAUGAUUCGGUUAACAUCUACAUUGGAUCGGUAAUAACAUGCUUAUCGUAUUUUGUUAUCGUUA